CAGACACGUCGCACUACAGCAGGACGUUUCGCACGCACACUUUUUAAAUAAAGUUAAACGAUAGACAACACGAGUAAAGUGUGUCAGACAGAACGAACAGCGCACGAGAGACAUGAGACACGUGCUUUAGUUGAUCUAACAUUACAAGUCGACAAGAAACGUGGUCAUGGCGCAGGAGAGCAUGGUGCAGUACGAGCCUGUCGCUGAGAUCGGUGGUGGCGCUCACGGGACGGUUUACAAAGCUCGAGACAAAGACAGCGGACAGUUUGUGGCUUUGAAGAGUGUGAGAGUGCAGACCAAUCAGGAUGGACUUCCUCUGUCCACGGUUCGAGAGGUAGCCCUGCUCAGACGACUCGAGCAAUUCGACCAUCCUAACAUCGUCAGAUUGAUGGACGUGUGUGCCACACUGAGAACAGAGCAGGAAACUAAAGUGACUCUGGUGUUUGAACAUGUGGAUCAGGACCUUAGGACGUAUAUGGAGAAAGCUCCUGCGCCUGGUCUGCCCAUCAGCCAGAUCAGAGAGUUGAUGCAGCAGCUGUUGUGUGGUUUAGCGUUUCUGCACACAAAUCGAGUUCUUCAUCGAGACCUGAAGCCAGAGAACAUCCUAGUGACCAGCAGAGGGCAGGUGAAACUGGCAGACUUUGGUUUGGCACGAAUCUACAGUUGUCACAUGGCGCUCACCCCAGUGGUUGUGACGUUGUGGUACCGCUCACCUGAAGUUUUGCUUCAGGCCUCUUACGCCACACCUGUAGACAUCUGGAGCACUGGAUGCAUAUUUGCUGAGAUGUUUAGACGCAAACCUCUCUUCUGUGGCGAUUCAGAGGUGGACCAGCUGGCCAAGAUUUUUGCUGUGAUUGGUCUGCCGUCUGAAGAGGAGUGGCCAUCUGAUGUCACUCUGUCCCGUCAGAACUUCAGCCCUCAGAAGCCUCAGUCAAUCACAGACUGUGUUCCAGAGAUCAGUGAGAUGGGAACAAAGCUCUUAUUGGAUAUGCUCACAUUUGAUCCGUCAAGAAGAAUCUCUGCAUUGAGUGCAUUAGAGCACCCGUUCUUCACUGAAUGAGCACCUCAUUCCCAGCAUUCAUGCCAAUGGGACCACAUACAACCGACUGAAUGUUUGACUGGAUGUUUGGUUGAGUUUAGUUACAGUGCCUUUGGAGUAUUGAUCAUUUCUCACAUUUGUUUAUAGACUUGAACUUUGAAGUGUCAUACCGUAUGAUGAGGCUUAACAUCACUCAACAGCUACAGCUGCAAGUACCCUUGAAAAUCAUCCAUGGUCUCUUCUUCAUCUAAGACCGGGCUGGUUAACUCCGCAGUCCUGUGGAUUUAGAUUCUACCCUCAUCCAUCACACCUGUCUAUCAUUUUUAAUGAGUCUGAAAGCCAGUUGUGGCUGGUGCACACAUUUUUUUUGAGGGGGCGCAACAAGCCAUUUGACAUGUGAUGUAAGCGUAUCAUCACUGCUUAGCUGAAAAAACAGAUUUAACUUUUAAAGCAUGUAAUGGUGUUUAUUAACAAUAAUAAGGUGCCAGUCCAAAUGAAAAACUAUUUCAGUAUACUUUAUUAUUUAUUAUAGUAAACUGUAGUAAAAUUCCUAGAUGCUACAGUGUUUUUAACCAUACCGUAGUAAAUUUUGAGGUAUAAUACAAUAUUUUCUACAGUUUAUCAAUUCACUAAUGUAGUGUAUGGAGUGUUCAGAAAACUCUGGAAAUGUUAAUAAUGACCAUCCUAGAGGGAUUAACUGCAGUGUAAACACUUAUCAAGUCAAGUCAAGUAUACCCGCUACUUAAUUAAGGUCUGGUAACUUUGGCCCAUUCAAGAGGCCAUAUGAUUGACAAGUAAAGCAACCAAUCGCGUUCGUUUUGUGCUGCAUCAUGUUUAGAGGCGUGGAAAUGUCCCCGCAGUAACAGAUUGGUGUACAUUCACAAACGUUUCAAAAGUUAACAGCAACAACAUUUACGAGUUUAUGUCGUGAACCUCGCAUACUUUUAAAUAUGUAUCCUUUAAAAAAUGUAAUCGUUUAGUCGAUUGUGAUGAAUUCUUAUUGCAUGUAAACACAACAGCUUACUACUUCGAUCAGACGGCUUCGUGUUUGUAGCGAGGAAGGCGGGGCGAGAGCCGUGGGGCGGGAAAGGCGGGGCCGGCGACGUAAGUUGCAACGAGUGUCAGCUGUGCGACCGCCGGUCCCCGCAUGCCUCACGGGGGAGCUCGGGAGCAUAAGAGGACGAGCGACCGGACCAUCGAGAGAGAGGACCCGGGCCCGGAAACAGUUAAGUUUGUGGCCUUUUAUUUGCUGGAUUAUUGUUUAUUUAUUUUGAUUAAAAUUUUGUGAAUGUUUGCCGGUUCCCGCCUCCUUCCUUCCGUUUUAUUGAGCUUUGCUACAUUGGUGCCGAAAUCCGGGAGGAAGGAGAGACAUGCUGCCGAGGAGGCCUCGCCGGCGAGCGGCCUCGCGGUGCUGAGGAGUUUGGGCAGCGUGGACGAGAGAGUCCUCCAGCGGUGGUGCCGGAGAAAGGGGAGAUCAAUGGGGGGCAAAGGAGACCUCGCUACCAUGCUCCUAGGGCCGAGGUUGGAUGGCGGCCCCAGGAAGAGGGAGUGGAGGAGAUCGAUCCAUUUGCCAGGGGCCGGAGCUUGCUACUAUCCGCCACAGAAAGGGGAAGCACAAGGAACGGGCGACUCGCUGCCGGCGCCCUGAAGAAGAGGGAGCGGAGGAGAUCGGGCCAUUUGCCAGGGGCCGGAGCCUGAUGCUAUCCACCUAAGAUGGGGAAGAGCAGGAGACGGACGACUCACUACCGGCUGCCCUCGGGCGAAGAGCCAUCGACGACCGCCAGGAGGCGGACGAGAGUCAGGUCGCCCCAGAGCGUCCCCGCACCACCGCACAGCAUAGCGAGGGAGAGCCCUCGGCUGAGGGGAGGUCCGAGCGGCCGUCGAUGGGAACCGAGCGGCCUGUCAGGGAACCGGACCACUUUUUUGUUUUGUUUUGUCCUCUCUCCCCUCUCUCGUCCCGGUCGCUCCGGAUGCUCCCGGCUCUGUUCUCUCGCCUCGUCCGUGCAUGCCCCAGUCACUGGGGCCCUCAUGGGAGAAGGCCCCCCGGGGGGGGGGAGUAAGCACAGGCUCGGUGCUGCCCCCCGGCCUGUGAGGUGUGAUGGGGUAUGUAGCGAGGAAGGCGGGGCGAGAGCCGUGGGGCGAGUAAGGCGGGGCCGGCGGCGUAAGUGGCAACGAGUGUCAGCUGUGCGACCGCCGGUCCCUGCAUGCCUCACGGGGGAGCUCGGGAGCAUAAGAGGAAGAGCGACCGGACCAUCGAGAGAGAGGACCCAGAAACAGUUAAGUUUGUGUAUGUUCGUGUGGCCGGCAGUCGACCGUGAGGUGGCUGCCGGCCUUUUAUUUGCUGGUUUAUUUAUUUUGAUUAAAGUUUUGUGAAUGUUCGCCGGUUCCCGCCUCCUUCCUUCCGUUUUAUUGAGCUUUGCUACAGUGUUGUUUUCAGGCGGACGCGACACGCACAUCUCCCAGAAAAUCUGUCAAAUUCAACCAAUCAGAUGACGACUUCGAAGUCGCUGAAGUGUUUCCAAGAAAGUGUGCCUUAUGCAUCAGACGUUUAGCCAACGGUUUAAAUAAUACUUUAAAUGAAUGCUAACACAACAAGCAGGCGAAUAUAGUGUGAAUAAAUCUGUUAAUUUCAAAAUUAUUUAUAUACAAUAUAUUGAACAGUGUUCUUCUCUGCACCCUCUACUGACCAGCCGCCACUGCUGAAAGCUGUGAAAUGCUGCCUUCGGAGGAUGCAUUGUGCCACUUCCAAAUGACACAUUUGCUUCACAGAAUUCUGUUUCCUUUUCACUUUCGGUAACACUUUACAAUAAGGUGCUAUUAUUUAACAUUAUUAAAUGCAUUAGCUAACAUUAAAUAAAAAUGAACAGUAUAGUUUUUCAGCAUUUUUUAAUCCUUGUUAAUGUUAGUUCAUGUCAAUACAGUUAUUCAUGUUAAUUCAUGAUGCAUUAACUAAUGUUAACAGUGACAACGUUUGAUUUUAAACAUGUAUUAGUAAAUGCUGAAAUUAACAUGAAUUAAUAUUAAUAAAUGCUGUAUUAGUAUUGUUCAAUGUUAGUUCCUUUUAGCUAAUGCAUUAACUAAUUGUUAAUAAAUAGCACCUUAUUGUAAAGUGUUACCUCACUUUCUAAUUCUUUAAAAUGCUUUUCUGGGAUGAAAUUAAUGUUUUAGUUUUUAAAUAUUCAAUAGGUUAUCACCAAGAUGCUCUCUGUUUAUUAUUUAAAGUACUAUUCCCUUACUCUGCCUAUUUGAAGCCUGUCCGAAACUGCUUUCCUGAGGUGCCUUCAUGUGCAACCACUGCCUCUGAAGCGUAGUGAGGGAACACUUGGUCAUGUGUGUUUGAUAAGGGUUGAAACUGAACUCUUGUAGGGCACUGCGUUGACUCGUCCUGAUCCAAGUCAUUAUACAGGCAAACACAACUAAUAAUGGCUGACUCCACUAAUGCACAACUGUUUUAUUCAGUAUUUAUUUACAGCACAGGUUGAAAAGUUCUGCAUUGUGAAGAUGUCUCUUUAGUCAUUUGACUUACUCUCUUUACAGUAUUAGCAGACUGUUAGGUUAAGGUUACUUGAAGCAAAGUCAAUGCAAAGUUACAUAAAGACACUUCUAGUCAGUAGAAUGUCUUUUGAGGGACCAUCAUAGUAAAGGGUUGUUUACUCUCUCUCUCUCUCUCUCUCUCUCUCUCUCUCUCUCUCUCUCUCUCUCUCUCU